UCUAAAUCAAAUCUAGAGACGGUGCAGUGAUCAGACCUAGAUGUCUUUAAACUUCUUUAAAAAUAGCAAAACAGCCUCUGUUGUUAUGGGGUGGGUUCUGAGCACAGUACGUGUAUAGUAACAAUAUCCUUUACUAAUUAAUUUAUUGUGCUUGUUUUUAUCCAGAUGGUGGUGGCAGCAUUAUGCUGUGGGAAGGGGACAAGUAAACUGGUCAGGCGUGAUGGGGAGUUGGAUGGGGUUAAAUACGUGGCAAUGGAAACCCUGUCAGAGGCUGAGAACAUUUAGGCUUAACUUUCAGAGUGGCAAACAUACUGCCACAGAUGCAAUGAAAUGGUUUUGAUCCAAAUGUGUAUUUGUAUAAAUACUUGCAGUGCAAAGCAUGGCAUAAGGAAUUCAAAUGAAAGUGCAAACCUCGUCCAUAAUAAAUUUCUGUAAUUCUGUUCUAAUGUAAUACUCCUUAAACCAGGGAAACGGUUGUUGGAACAAAAAUUAAACUUGCCGCAGUUACACUUCUGAUUUGAUUUCCUAAGCAGAAAUGCAACACCAAUUUUAAAGAGUCGUAACAGAAACAUUUUGCAUUAGUUUAAACCAAAUCAACUGUGGCUCUCUGUGUCUGAGGUGACCAUGGUUGCGCUCCGAUUGGCCAGAACAUGAAAACAGAUUUGCCUAUUCAAAAAUGUGCUCUGCUCACACACUGUCCAUAAAUUUGCAUGAACGCACAUUAUACAGGAACCAAACAGGACAUUCAAACCAGGUAUGAAGGCCAGAAAGGACCUUUUGGACACAUAGAGACGACUUAAGGUAAAGCUAGAGGCUGCUGAACGGAGUGAAGGACCAAAUGAUGGCGUUCAGUCAUAUUCUCCAGUCUCAAGUAAUGAGCGAUCUGCUGACAAUCCGUGAGAAAGGCAUCCUCGCUGGUCUGCUGGAACCGGACUGUAAGUUGGUUAAAACGACAGUAGCCCAGAUACUCCAGGCCAAGGAUACUGAAGGCCAGAGGCGACGAUGGCAUCGUUUGGAGUGUGGAGUGGUGUGCCUCGUCGAGGACCUAUCUGUCCAGUCCUACUUCCUGCGUCUUUACUGUGUCCAACGUGCCAAGUUACUGUGGGAGCAUGAAUUGUACAUUCCUUUCAAGUACACUGCAAGUCACGCCUACUUCCAUACUUUCCCUGGAGAAGACGAACAGGUUGGUCUCAACUUUGCCAAUGAAGCUGAGGCGGAGGAGUUUCAGUCUGCAGUGGAGCGUGCUCAAAAGAAGAUGGUUAACGAUGCAAAACCUGAAGAGAAGAGCAACACAUCAAGAAAUACACCUGUUUUAGGGGCAAAAAACAAGCAGAAUUUGUACGAGGAGACAACUUCCAGCUUACCUGUUUCAGCCUCUCCAAGUCUGUUUUCAGAUCUGGAUCCUAGUAUGAGGAGGCUGCUGAUGGAGGCACGACUCAGCCAAGAAGACCUGAAAAACAAAGACGUUGCCGAGGUUGUUGACUGCAUCAUUAACCAGUUUGGAGGACUGAAAGCUGUGCAAAGAGAGCUGAAGAAGAAAGGCCCGGUCUCUCAGACUCUGCCGAGAGCUGCAGGGGCGUCCAUCUCCUUCGCUUUGCAGAAAGGGCCCUUACCGCCGGUCCCCUCAACCCAAAACUCUCAGGGGACUCCAGAGAAUGCGGCCGAGACAGACAUGGAUGCUCCUCCUCCUUCUGGAGCAGCAGGAAGAAUGAGGAGAAGUGCGAGUUUUAAAGAUGUCUCUUCAGUAGAACCACAGGGAAGCGACCUUAUUGUGAAUUCACUGAGAGAAGUGUUCAGACAAAAGGAGAUGUCCAUGCAAAACUCCAGAGAAUAUCAAAACUAAAGUCUAAGAAAGGAAACAAACUUUAAGAAAGCCUGUAAAGAAACAACCUCUGCUGCUUUUCAGAUAUGCUCUAAUUUGAAUUUGUACUGUUCUCUCGCAAACUCCUCAGUGCAGCAACAAGAAAGUACUGGAAGUAAUAAAUGGGAAAUGAAAGUGAUGAUCUUACACAAUGCAGUAAAUUAAACAACUUUCUUUUUUAUAACCAAUCACUGGCAAGUUUCCAGAGUAGCUUUCAAAUAAAAGAAAUGGACGUGUUGAUUCAGAUUCUUAUAUCAUAUUCUUGUGUACAGUAGUCUUCUCUUUUAUUUCCAAAAUAAACUAUCCAUUCGGUUUAAUACAAAAUACCCUUUUUUCCACACGAGGUUA